GAGUCGGAGGGCCGCACUGAUGGGUGACGUCCUUCUGCGCAGUGCCAGCACCUCCUCGCAACAUCAGGGACGUCACACGUCAGGCCCGGCAGCCACUGCAGCUCCGGCCGCGACACUGGACACAGAACACGCGUGUCGGGAGCAGGAGGAGGAUGAGGAGCUUGGCCUCCUGUAUGACAGUCUGGACGAGUACAACAACAGCGAGAGCGGAUUCGACAUCGAGGACAAUGACAGCGUCAUCAGCACCCCAAAACCAACACUACGGAGGUAUUUUGAAGGGGUCUCUAAUUCGGGGUCUCAGACGGAGAUCGGCAGCAUCAAUAGUCAGAAAGGAGGAGUGAAGACGGCGGGAGCGUUGGAGAAGAUUUCCCAAAGUGCCCGGAUGGAGGACGGCAACUUCCAUUUGCCAGAUGACUCAAGUGACUCGGGGCCCGUUUCAAGCUCGGCUGCUGAUCUCGGCUCCUGGGAGCCCAUUGAGCGGAUACCACAGCUGGGGAUGAUCUCCAGGGCGGAGUCACAGAUCAUCAUGUCUCCCAG